CUGUUUUAUAUUUGUAAUUUUGUCAACAACAAUUCAAUUAAUUAAACAAUUAUUUAUUAACGAAAAAAUGGAAGAUGACCAUGAAGAACUACUUCAAUACACCGACGACGAGUCCGUCUCCGAAGCCGAAGACAACUGUUACCCCAUCGACAAGCCGCAAGACCGCUAUUUACUACCGAUAACGUUUUUUCCGCACAGCAAGUCAGAUUUCUUUUUCACCUUAGCUUUGCUUAUUCUAUCCAGUAUUUCGCUUCUUAUUGUUUUGCCCCUUUACAUCAACGCUAUUAAUUUAGGGGGCAACGUGUACUCUCUAACGGUAUUCAAUGUACCUUUUUCAACUAUAAUUUUAUCAGUUGUAUUGAUUACCAUGUCGUUUUUGAGCAGCAAAUUCAAAAACAAAGACUUGCUGAGUAUGCCGGUACAUUUUUGGAAGUUGUUGCAACUUUCUUGCGUUUACCUUUCGUGUGCUUACUUGUACUUGUAUGGGUCUGAUAGGAAUAGGGUUUUGUGUCACUUACAGGACCCCAUCAAAGGGAUUGUAUUGGUUUUUGCCCUGUUGUAUUAUUUCUUCUUUUGCAGAAACUUAAUGGGCCUGCAUCGUAUAUUUUCAACUACAACAGUAAUAGUAGGACUAUUCAUAGCAGUAGAUUACGGUUUAUGUGAUGAAUUCGUGUGCAGAGGCUUUGACAGGAUAAAACUUGCAGACGAUGCCGGUCCUUGGUCAUGGAGAACUCACAGUAUAUGGACAGCUUUAUAUAUUCUCAGCUUGAUUUUGUUUGCUGCUCUUUUCACUUUACUAGACAGACAUCUUGCUCCUGAAUAUGAAGUGAUGCCUACAAAUAUAAUAUCUCCAUCUUUUUUGAAUACAAUAUCGAGACAAAUAACAGCUAGUACGUCCAAUGAAGAGCCUGAAUGUCAGGAUAAUGAGCCUUUUAAUGAAGCCCCGAUGCAAAAAUCUGCGGUGCAUUUUGCCUUUUGGCUACACAUUUUCGUUUGGGUUUUGAUUAUGUUCACUUUUUGGAUUGAUUUUAUACCAGGAAUUGGAAAAGGUGAUACAAUUUCUGAGUCCUUAAACUACACAAUACAAGGUAUAAUGUGUCAUUUUUCUCACGGUUUGGACAACAAUAGCGUUUGUAAAAAUGUCCUCUGGUAUUCUUUGGCCUUUCAACUAUCUUAUGUUACUUUUGUGAUAUCGGCACUUAAGUUUCUGAUGUUAUCACAAUCGGCGGUUUUUACUAUUGCCUCCACGUCAUUUGCUUUGCCAGUUAUUGGAUUAUGGUGGACUUUGUUUUAUGCUUCACCUUCUGGUGCUCUAGUUUGGUCCCCGAAAAUCCGUGGCGAAUUCGUUUGCUCCGUAAUCGGUUUGCCCAUUGUCUCUAUUGGAUUGGGGCUCCUCUGUAAGGCCCAUUUUGAAGAUGUACGCAGACCGAGGAGCGUUUUAUGGAGACAUCAAGAUGCAUAAAUCAAAUUCGUAUUUAUUUACUUGUGAGUAUUUUUAUAGUGUAUUAUAUUGAUACUAUUUUGUAUAACCAAGGCUGAGCUGGUUUUUAAAUACCGUCAAACAAUAGUAUAAUGAAAUACCUACCUCAGUAUAUAUUGUUGUUAAAUCAAAUCAAAACUUAUACACCAGCUCUUCUUAAUGGUCAUAUUGCUGUUAGUAAUUAUUGUGAUAUUUAGCUUGUUCCUUUAAAAUUCAUAAGGAAUUUUAUGUAAUAUUAUACUGUGCUCCUAGCUUAUAGGAUAAUAUAAACAAUGCAUUGUUGCUUUCGAUAUAAUAUUUUUAACAAAAUAGAAACCAGGACAUUUUGAGUUUCCUAUGCACGUUUAUUGUUAAAUAAUUAACUGUUGCCAAAAAUUGUGAUAAUUCAGAUGCCAUCGGUCAGAGGAAGAAAACCUAUAUACAUGUUUUGUAAUAUGAAGAAUGUUAUUUUUGUUUUUGUUUACUAACAAGACUGAUUUAUGAGUAGAUUUUCUUUGAACUUACAAUUUGUCAUUUGUGUUUUGUCCGUCCGGCUUUUUUUGAUUAAACCAUGCAAAAAAAAAACUCAUGUUGUUACUUAUUAUAAGGUAUUAUUGUUAUGUAGUGUUUGUAUUAGAAAAAUAUUCUUAUUAUAUAAUAUAGUUUUUGUCUUAUAGUUAAAAACCAAUUUUUGAUUUAUUGAAAGUGAAAUAAUAACCAAAUUAGCACUGAUAAAAGAAAAUUACAAUUACUAAGGUCUGGGUAGUUUGCAGGACAAAUAUUGGUUUGUUCUUUUUUUAAUAUCAAAAAUCUAUUAUUAUUUGAAACCAACAAUUAUGAGAGAAACAAAACGAAUUUUUUUAACUUAAAAAUAUACUGAUAUUACUUAUUAUAAAUGAAGAUUUUUCCCUUAAUUUAAGGGUCAGUUGCUGUUUGGGUUUUUUGUGUAAUCAAAAAUAUAAUAGACAAUAUAUUGCAAAAUUACAUGGUAUAUUUUAACCAAUUUUCUAUACUUAACCGAAUGUAAUUUCGUUUUGACUUAUGAACUGUUACUAAUAUUUAUAAAGUAUAUUAGAAAUAUAUGAUGAUUUGUGUCUUAAAUGUUUAAAUUAUUUUUUAUUGCGUUUUUAUCCUUAGGUUAGAUUAGUCAACCUAUUAGGACCCUCCCCUGAGACUCUUUGCUCUAUUGUGGCUCAUUAUCAAAAACUCGUUGGAAUUUUAGAAACUUCAUGUAUGUAGGAGUUUCAAUGCAGGUAACUGAGUGUGGAACC